AGUUUAUAUAGAGUAGUUGAAUGAGCAAACGUUUCCAUUCAAUUCAGCGAGUUAAAAAUACCCGAUGUAGUUAGCCCAUAAACUGUUAUAGAGGCAAUGCUAAUCGCAAAAGUCAAUUCUUACGCAACAGUCAAAAUCUCAAUUACCUAUUCCGAAAUAAUGAUUAAUUAUAUGUGCGUAACUUCAAGUGAGAAAAGAAAACCAAGAAUAGUUUUGAACACAAUUAAAAAUUUCGUAUAAAAUUUGUUGCUAAUAACGACGGUUUCUACGCUGGGAUUUAUCUUAUCCGACGGGAAGGCCCAAUAACUUGACUCGCAGUCGAUAUUUCCAACGGAUGUUGUGAAUUCCCUGCCGAGAGCGUGACGACUAAUGAGGCUCUAGAUUUCGUUUCGUCCAAAUAUUUACGUAUACACGAAAGCCUAUGUAAUACUAUAAAAGCCCCUGUCCUGAACCAUCCGCCAGUCACUCGCUCACCAGACACAGAACUAGCAGGACCAUGAAGAGCUUCGCCACAUUUAUUUUGCUCGCCGCUUGCGUGCUUAUCGCCUCAGCUUCACCAACAGGAAAGGCAUCCAAGCUUGAAGAUGAGAGGGAAGUUCAGAUGCUGAAGAAAUUUGGCAUUUCUGAAGCUCAAUUGAAAAAGUGGAUGGACAACGUGCUGUCCGAUGAAAAUAAUAAGGACUACCCAAUUGCAUGGGCGGUACUGCUGAUGGGACUUUUGGAAUACGACUUGAGCGAAAAGUACGACGAGCAGCCGGAAGAACAGCCUAUUCUCUACUUCAAUCACCAAAACGAUAUGUUCGAAUACGUAUCACCUAAAUAUAUGAGCGAAGAAAGAAAAUUAAUCAAUAUGGCUGGUUUGAAGCUCCUCUUCAAAAUCUACAGGAGCGAUAUCAUCCAUAACAUCAAAGACGAAACCUCACAAAAAAUUGUAUUUUUAGCUCUUAAAGAAUAUUAUUCGCCAAGAAUGUUGAAUAGCGCGGAUUUCUGGGAAAUAUUGUCUCGUUUACAUGCUCAUGUUGCUUCAUCCAAUCCAAAAAGCUUUAAAACCGUAUUCCACAAACUUCCAAGUCUCGAGAAAAAUUAG